AUUAACCCAAAUUAAUCACAAGACAACCUCUCAAUUAAUCAUCUAUAUUGAUCAGCUGCAUACUUAUUAGCAAAACACCCAACCUUUACCAGUUAUAAUCUCAACCAUGCCGGAAACCAUGCAUCCACUCCUCCUCCUCACCCUAACCCUAACCCUAACAACCGUACUCGCCGCCACCAACUCCACCGCCGCCGCGGACACACACCGCAUCUCAAAAGCCGCCACCAUCACCAAGCCCGACUGCCCCGACAAAUGCGGCAACCUCACCGUACCCUUCCCCUUCGGCAUCGGCGCCGACUCCGGCUGCGCCCUCAACCCCGACUUCGAGCUCAACUGCACCGAAGCCUUCGGCGCGCCACAGGCACUCAACGGAAACAUCCAGUUCUUCGACAUCUCCGACGACCACUGCCGCGUCUCCAUCGCCGUGGCCAGGAAGUGCUACGACAGAUCGGGCUCCCCCACGCUGGAGAACACGGCGUCGUACGACAUCAAGGGCACCCCCUACAGUUACUCGACGCUGAACAAGUUCACCGUCAUCGGGUGCGACGACUUCUCCCUAAUCAGCGGCAGCGGUGGCCGCAACUUCACCAGCGGCUGCAUCACUCUCUGUUCCCGAGCCGAGGACGUGAUCAGCGGCUCGUGCUCGGGAAUCGGGUGCUGCCAGACCGCUCUGCCCAGAGGCUUCCAAUACUACACAACGGCUGUGAACAGCCUCAACAACCACACCAACAUCUCGUCGUUUGACACGUGCAGCUACGCAUUUUUCGGGGAGGAGGACCGCUUCGAGUUUCGCGGGGCGGCGGAUCUUUCCGACCCGAAUUUCAUGCAGCGGGUCAAGGAUACCGUCCCCGUCGUGCUGGAUUGGGUCAUUGGGAAUUUGAGUUGCGAUAGCGCUAGGAGUUCCGAUGGUUAUGCUUGCAAGGUUGAUAGUGAUUGCGUUGACUCCGGCACCGGCUUGGGAGGGUACCGCUGCAGGUGUAAAACCGGGUAUGAAGGCAACCCGUAUUUGGAUCCGGGCUGCAAAGAUAUCGAUGAAUGUGCCACAACGGACCUCAACGAUUGUUCUGAAAAUAGUUGCUUUAACAUUCUGGGAAGUUACAAAUGUUCAUGUCCUAAAGGGUAUUCCGGGGAUGGCCGUAAGAACGGUAAAGGUUGCACUGCUAAUAGCUCUCAGUCUCAUUGGAUGAACGUUGUCUUAGGUACCGGAUUCGGUUUUCUAGCGGUAGUCAUUGCCGCAACGUUAAUAUAUUUCAGCCUCAAGAAAAGAAAAUUGAUAAAACUCAGAGAGAAAUUCUUCCAUCAAAACGGCGGCAUGCUGCUAAAACAGCAAGUCUCCUCCGUCGAAGAAGGAAAUUCGAUGGAAUCAACAAAGAUAUUCACGGCGGAGCAACUCGAGAAAGCCACCAACAACUACGCCGACGAUAGAAUUCUCGGUCGCGGAGGCUACGGCACCGUCUACAAGGGCAUCUUGCCCAACAACGACAUUGUGGCGAUCAAAAAGUCGCGAGUGAUGGACGCAAGCCAGAUCGAGCAAUUCAUCAACGAGGUUGUGAUCCUAACACAGAUUAAUCACAGGAACGUGGUCAAAUUAUUGGGGUGUUGCCUGGAGGCGGAGGUGCCCCUUCUCGUGUACGAGUACGUCUCCCACGGCACACUCUAUGAGCACAUCAACAGGGCCGGGAACGACAACUGGCUUUCCUGGGAGAGUCGCCUAAGGAUCGCGUCAGAGGCGGCCGGCGCCCUGUCGUACCUCCACUCGGCGGCCAACAUCCCGAUCAUCCACAGAGACGUGAAAUCCGCCAACAUCUUGCUCGAUGAGUACUUCACUGCUAAGAUCUCCGAUUUCGGGGCCUCCAGGCUCAUUUCCCUCGACCAGACAGAGGUGACAACCUUGGUCCAGGGAACUUUAGGUUACUUGGAUCCCGAGUAUUUCCACUCGAGCCUGUUAACAGAGAAGAGCGACGUCUACAGCUUUGGUGUCGUCUUAGCCGAGCUGAUGACGGGGAAGCGGCCCAUCGACAUGGAGAGGAGCCUCGAGACGCGCAAUUUAACGACGUAUUUCUGCAUGUCUGUCAAGGAGAACAAGCUGUUUCAGAUCCUGGAGCCGAGGGUGGUGAGGGAGGGGUCGCUGGAGCAGCUGCAGACGAUGGCGCAGCUGGUGAAGCGGUGCCUGAAUCUGAACGGCGAGGAUAGGCCGACCAUGAAGGAGGUGGCGAUGGAGCUCGAAGGGUUGAGGAAGUUCAACAAGCAUCCAUGGGCGAAUAAUCAGGAUGUGGACGAGGAGUCUGUCGGGCUGAUGAAUCAAAACGGCGUCGCUGCUGCUGCUGAUCUGUAUAGUGCGUCGGGAGGGGAUUUGUACACGGCGCCUAUCAACUCGGCGGAUCUCUCUGGGCAAUACAGCUUGAACAGUGAUCCGAGCCAGAACUUUCUAACUCACAUGAAUAGCCCGCGUUGAUGGAAUCGGAUGGGGUCGAUGGUGUUAAAUAUUUUGGAUUUUUUUUUUUUUGGAUAACUUUCUAGAUAUGGAGCUGAAAGCUUGAAACUAGAGGUGCAUAGUGUUCUAUAAGUGUUUUUUUUUCUUCUUCUUUUUUUUUUGAAUGAAAGUUUUAUAAGCGUUUUUAUUUAUUUAUUUUGUAUUUGUUGUUGGGAUCAAACUUUAAUUUCUUCUCCCGUAUUGGGAAACUAAUAUAUGUAAGUUUGUUCCUUUCAUUUUA